AUGAGCGACGUUGUCAGAAUUAAGACGAGAAAAGUCCGCUCUAGUCGCCUUCUUCCCAGGAAGCAAAUGGUUGCGGAAGUUCUUCAUAGUGCACGUCCUACCGUCUCUAGGACAGAUAUUGGGGAGAAAAUAGCGAAGAUGUAUAAGACAACUCUUGAUGUCGUCAUUCCUUUCAGUUUCCACUCGGCUAUUGGUGGUAGGAAGACGAAGGGAAUCGUGCUUAUUUAUAAUUCUUGACUACGCUAAGAAAUUCGAGCUAAAAUACCGCCUUAUUUGA